CAGUGCGAUUUUUGCCGACAAAAGAAGCUAAAAUGUUCCCGGGAGCUUCCGAAGUGCAAUUCCUGCAAGCCAUGGCCCGGCGACUGCAACUAUUCGCGGGACAAUGUCAAUGUCAUGUCAGUCACCAUAAUUGUAUCUACAAGGUCUUUAGACCACAGCUCAGCCGAAGAGCGUACCAUAGUGAAUCGAGUACAGCACCUCGAGCAGCUGGUACAGCAAUUAACCCAGUCCGUCGACAAAGCUUUACAGGCCAUCGGCUCAGCAUCUGCUGGAAGAGAUAAUUCGAGAACACCAACAGAGUCACAUCAGGAAAUCGUGGCUAAAAAGAAUCAUUCCAGUCCGAAGCUCUACAUUGGCUCCCAACCAGGAUUUCUUGAGCUGGCUGAGCUUGGCACACCAUUCUUCAAUAUUCCCUCAGAUGAUGAGAUCUUGAAAGUGGUGUUUGAGCCACACAAGGUCCGGGAGAAAGCUUGGGUCGUAUACUUUAACUAUAUGCUGCUAUCUGCCAUUCCCGCAGAAGAUGGCACUAACGAGGCGUUGCUUCGCCAAAAUGUGCAGUUGGCUCUCAAUGAAAGCAGCAUCUUUCUUGAACCGCGAGAGGCUAACGUACAGGCGCUAGCCUUUCUGGCUAUGCAUGGUGAAGACUAUGCCGCCCCCAACAUGUCAUGGAUGUUGCUUGGAAACGCAUGCAGGCAGGCUGAAGCUCUGGGUAUGCAUCUGUCCAGUAAACACGAGUCACAACAACAGCAGUUGUGUCUCUUCUGGCUUCUUUUCCUAAUGGAUAAAUCCUGCUCUCUGGCCUUCGGGCGACCUGCAUUCUUACCCACUGCCUUGUAUCACAAUGUCCCCCUACCGGGUCAGCAGACUUUGCUCAUGUUCCAGCCGCAUACUCGUAUAAACGGCGUACCGACGCACCCGAGAGUAUCCCAAUUCGGUGCUCAGCUGCUUCGUUGCUCCAUGGAGUUAGCGAAAUUGAUGGGAAUCUUAGCAGAUGUUCUUGUGAACGGCCAGCCAGCUGCCCCGUGCAUGGAACUCCGUUCUAGUGUGAAUGCUUGGUACUCAUACACAAACCAGCGUUUGACAGAUAUCCUGGAAGCUGAGAGGGCUUCAUCCACCGCGGACCAAGUCCGGGAAAUGACUCUGGGCAUCAACAGCAUGAAGUUUCAAUACUUGCACGUGCUCAUACUUCUUUUGAAAGGCGAUGGCUCCGCGUCGAGUCUGCGCCUAUCCUCUGCCCGCGAAGCCAUUUCUCUCCUGAAGUCAAUGGUCUCCAAUUGGCAUUCCGUAAACAAUGGGGUCAUGUGGCAUCUCCUCUAUUAUCCGUUUACCUCGUUCUUCGUCAUCUUCGAGAACAUUGUGCACCACCCUGGCCCCGUGACACCCACGAAAGAACACGAUUUAAACCUUCUAGCAACAACAGUGACGUAUUUCGCAAGCAUGCGCUCGCAGAUGCGUCUCCUUGCUACGCUAUGUACCAGGCUUGAGCACGUCGCGAAUACGUUCCUGCAGCUCGCUCGCAAUGUCCAUUGCGCUUCCUCCAAAACCAUGCAGCGCAAAUGGCACGGUUACGAGGCCACCGGAGUCGAUUUGGAAGGACUAGAUGUUGCCAGCUACCUUGAUUGGCUUCCGGCUGAUAUUGAGGCCUUACCUGGUGGUGAGGGUCCAUCAGGUAAGGAGGCGCGGCGGACAUUUGAUAGUGUUUUUGACUGGUUCUCGUGGGAUGCGUAUUAUGGAGAUCCUCAGUAA